AUGAUCAUAUUUCUUGAUUUUAGUCAGCACUUUGGCAGCUGCAUUUUGAACCAAUUGAAGUUCAUUUAUUGAACUUGCUGGACAUCCUCCCAGUAAUUCAUUACAAUAAUGUAGUCUUGAGGUCAUGAAUGCUUGAAAUAAAAAAGCCCCACCUUCAUAACAGUUUAACUGAAGAAGUUGAAGUUUGGCAUAUAUAAAAUGUCCCGCAACAGUCGACCCAAUUUUAGCAGCCAGUAAUUUCAGUAAUUAGAUCAUCAUUAGAAAAUUUGAAUUAUACAGAACUGGCAUUCACAAAUUUGGCAAUGGUGGCCAUUUUCCUACUUUUGUCAAGUGCAUGGACCCUGAUGGUUUGUCAUAUGUGGCUGUAUUUUAUAAUUUUCUUCAUGUUGAAUUCUUUUAUUCCAGUUAUAAAUACCACAGUGCUAGAACAAUGCAAGAGUCAGACAUCAGGAAAAUGUUUGCAGAAUCUUCUCAACCAGAUUGAUAACAUUACAGCUGAAGUGCUUCCUUUGAAUGAAGUGACCAAUAUUUUGGAUUUGGUCCUUAAUACUUCAGAGAAGAUUGUAGGGUCAUCCAGUGAUCUAGUCUCUUAUGGAAACCAUGUGUUAAAAGCCAGCGAGAAACUUAUAUCUACGCUAGUGAAGCCAACAAAUACAAGUGACUGGAUCAAUUUCACUCUUGAUACUGUAGAGGUACAGGUCUUCAUGGUUGGACCAAAUGUCACUUUAGAUAAAAUCCCUCAGCUGGACACAACAAAUGCUUCUGUGGACAUUGAUCUCAUUGCAAUUGCAAGAAACAACCCUAAAACAAAAUCAGCUGCUGUGGCUUUCAUGAGUUACAACACAAUGGAGAACGUGCUGAGACCUGACUUCUUCAACACAUCAGAUGACACAGUUAAAACCAUGAUGUCCACUGUGAUCUCAGCUACUCUUCCCAAAACUGACAACAAAGAGCUCACCAAACCAGUCAACUUCACCUUGAAACACAUCAGAGAGUUUGUCUCUGGAUGUAACCUGUCCUGUGUGUACUGGAAUAUCAGCGAAUGGAUUGUAGAUGGUUGUUCUGUUGUAAAGACCAACAGCAGCCACACUGUGUGUUCCUGUGAUCAUCUGUCAACAUUCGCUCUCAUCAUGCAAACCAGCAGCCCACCAGAGGAUGAUGCACUGAUGGAAAUAUUGAAUUUGGUGGCUGUGAUCGUGGGGCUGGUGUUCCUCAGUUUGGCCCUGUUGACUUUUGCUUUUUGUCGGUGGAAUCCUGGAGUGAACAAUGUGGCUCGGAUCAACAUCUGCUUGAGUCUACUGUUGGCUCAUCUUCUGUUCUUACUCACACAACAGUUCCUGAACUACAUACACCCUAACCAGGUGUUGUGUGCAUUGAUAUCAGGCGUUCUGCACUUCUUCUUUCUCUCCUCCUUUGUGUGGAUGCUCAUUGAAGGUGUGCUGCUUUUCAUCUGUGUGAAGAACCUAUCACAGAUCAGCUCCAUACAGAGGGAGGUGCUUAGCAGCAGAUUCAUGAUUGUGAUUGGAUAUGUGAUUGCUCUGGUUAUGGUGGGCGUGUCUGCUUGGCUGCUUCCUGAAGGCUAUGGCAGUGAAGAAUGCUGGAUUAAAAAAGAUGUAAAAGGAGCGUUAUUGAGUUUUCUGGGACCUGUUUGUACCAUAUUAGCAUUAAAUAUGAUUCUCUUCAUCAACAUUAUCGUCAGUCUGAACUCAACUCUCACAAAACUGAACGCUGCAGUUUCACAGAUGAAACAAACCAAGAUUAUGGUAUUUAAAACACUGGCCCAGUUUGUGGUUCUUGGUUUCCCCUGGAUUCUGGGUUUCUUCAUUAAGGGCAAUAGAGUGCUGCAUAUUCUCUUCUUGAUCUUGAACUCUCAGCAAGGAACCUUCAUCUUCCUGGUCCACUGUGUCCUCAAUAAUCAGAUCAGACGGCAGUAUGUGAAAAGGUUAAGCACUAUUUUCCUUGUACUCAAACUCAACAUGAUGCUGCAGUAUCCAUGAUUAGAAAAUGAGAAUCACUGCUGAAGUGACACUAUUAUAACAGUGAUUCUAUUCUUCUGCAUGUUGUCACUGUUUAUAGAUGUGUUAUACAAGAUUUAUUGUCAUUAAUUGUCAAGACUUUUGAUGUAAAACUAACCACUAAUAGUACAGCACACUUCCUGUAUAAUAAAAAGAGGUAGAUCUACUUAUAAUCAAACUGGAUUCAACAACAAAAAAGUGUCACACAAUUGUUUAUCUGCAUAAAUGUUGGGUUUCAGCGAAUCAGAGACAGAGUACUUUGGCAAAUAUACUUAAUAUACAUUUUGUAUUUCCAUAGAUGUUUUUAUGCCUUUUUUAAUAGUUUAAAUCGAAAUUAAUUUAACUUGGAUUCAUUGUAAAACAGAAAACUUUUUUGAGAAUAUUCAUUGACGAUGAAGUAGUGAAAUGAGAGAUCUGCUUAAGGCUCCAAAUACUUUAAUACAUUUCUGGAUACUUGCAUGUGUGUGAGUGCGACUGUGUAGAAAUUUUAAUAUAAAUAAGCAGGAGGGGAAAAGAGACGUUUUGAGGUUAAAUCAGACUGAUCUUCAGAUAACUGCUCUAUAAACACUCUUGACAGUUGAGGAUCUUAUAAGUAAACAUCUACUAGGUAAGCUCUUCACAUACAUGCAAUUAAAUGAGAUUUGAAGUUUGAGAUAAAAAAAAAAAAAUUACAUCUGUGGGCAGUGGUGGCUCAGUGGUUAAGGCUCUGGGUUACUGAUCAGAAGAUUGGGGGUUCAAGCCCCAGUACUGCCAAGAUGCCACUGUUGGGCCCUUGAGCAAGGCCCUUGACCCUAUCUGCUCCAGGAGUGCCAUAUCAUGGCUGACCCUGCACUCUGACCCCAGCUUAGCUGGGAUAUGUGGAAAAAAGAAUUUCACUGCAAAUGUGUGAUAAAUAAUUAUAAUUAAGUACAAGUACAUGUGAAGCCAUAAAUCUGCAGUGGAACUUUUGCUGUAUUUACUUUCCACUUGUCAAAAAUGCAAACUUGAAUUAUUUACACAUAAAAUGCUUCCAAAUAAAUAAAUAAACACAA